UAAAUCACUUUUAGAGAGAAAUUAUAGAAAUACACAUCGGUACAUCUAAAAAGGAGAGCACCUCCCUCCCCCCCCCCUCCCCCUCCCCAAUAAUUCAGGAUGCUUCUUUAUCUUCAUUCAAAGGCGUUUCGCGUCUCCAAUACGCUGUUGUGUUCCACAGGUUGGAAUGGGGCCCUUCGCGCGUACACCACCUCAAAUUCAUUCUCUUUGAGUGAUGGCCCCGUUUGUGAUGGGGCGUCUUUGAAGGACGACCUCGCGAAAAAUCUCUCAAAUGAGAAUAAAACCCAGCCCCCAACAACCUUGAAAGGCGAAGUGGCAUUUGACGGUAGGAAUGCGGUGUGUGGGGCUACGGUGAAUUUGGACGAUUCUUUCCGCGAUAACCGCGCGCGGAGCCUUGAAGGGGUGGAGGAUAAACGGCGGCGGCUGAUGUACCAAUCGCGAUAUCGUGGAAUGGUGGAGAUGGAUCUUGUCUUUGGGCAUUUUGCCCGCUGUAAAAUAAUGACGUUGCCAGAUGAACUCCUGGACGAGUACGAUGUGCUGCUCAGGCAACUUGACAAUGACCUUUUCCAAUGGCUGGUUAUGAAGAUCACUCCACCGGAUUAUAUCAACGCAUUGAAGUGUUUUCAUGAGGUUGGAAAAUUCAUCGAAACUGAAAAAAAAGAACUUUGGGGUAAUUUUUAGCGGUGCUCAAAUACGGAAAAAAUCAAGUUACUAUAGAGCAAUCUGCCAUGUGUAUAUUUUUUAUCAUUUUCACUACAUUCCAUUCCUUCUGUUCCUUCAAUGAGCUUGUAAACCAACUAUUUCGCGUAUUUUGAAAUAAAAAGUAUAAAUAUAUUUCUAUGUACUUAUUGUACUGAAAAAAAACUCAUCGUAUUUUUUUCCAAUAAUAUUAUUAA